AUGAAUGAAGGAUAUUGUAUUACCUACCGGUACCACCAGGCUGCCCUCGAACCUUGCUUGUUUGAUUUCAUUAUUCCUCUGACAGUGCUCGAAAUAUUUGUUCUGGAUAUUGAAGAUAUCAAGGCAGAAUCCAACAGAGGGCAAAUCCUCUUGAAUAUUGCUGAUUUGGUACAAUGUACAAAUAUUGUGACCACAAAAGCAGUAUCUGAGAAGGAUGCAGAGAUGUUUGAGUUCUUUUACAAGCGAUAUCACAAGACUUCUCGGCAGGUGUUUGUCUGGUGUAUUGAUUUUGAGUCGGGCUUGUCAGCUGAAAUGGAUCGGACGAUGGUCCGUCGAUUUUCUCAGUUACAAAGGCUGAUGGGAGAUCAACCUAUUGAAGAGAAUACAAAUGCAGAAGCGCUUGCAAAAUCAAAAUCAGUUAGGCGGAAGAUUGAGCUAAAAGACUUUGAAUACGAUGCAUUACUGUCCUACCUGAAAAUUAAGAUGCCCGAGCUUUGCAGUCACUGUGAUCUGCCUCAUCCACCCAAGGCAAAGGUGCUACAUCGGUAUGCAGUCCCCAAACCUUCAUGGAAAAUUUCACAAUAUCUCUUGGUAUCAGUAUUAAAACCAAAUAACUGCAUCAAGUACAAACACGGUGGGAAAUCAAUGUAUGCAAUGAUCAAGCAAAUUUAUGUUUUCACAAACCCUUCAGGUAAUGAGCAAACCGAAUUGUUGGUACAUCCAAUUGAAAACCUGUUUCCUAAAGACGCGACAUCUCCAUCAAAAGAUUUCAGAUAUCUUCUACACUCACUCAAAUGCGUAAUUGGUCGAGUUGAAGACCAUAGUGUUUUUGUUUCUCCAAGUAAUGUUGUAGCAGUUGCUGCUUACAGACUCUUACCCAACAACACUCUUUCCGUUGCGGAGGGUGGGGUCAUUUUGCGGCCUUAUGAUUAUCAAUCUCAGCUGGAAGAUGUAUAG